CACCAUGUCCGAAUACGAAAUGAUCUCGACCCAGCGUCGUAACCUUCCCCUCCUCGCGACCCCCGAGACCUCCGCGGGCAAAACCUACAUCAUCACCGGCGCCAACACGGGCCUCGGCUUCGAAGCCGCCAAGCACUUUGUCGCCCUCUGUGCCGACAAAGUCAUCCUUGCGGUGCGCAAUCUGGAGUCCGGAGCCGCCGCUCAAGCUGCCAUCGAGGAGGCCACCGGUCGCACGGGGGUGGCGGAGGUCUGGCACCUCGACCUCGCGAGCUUCGACUCUGUCCAGGCCUUUGCGCGGCGGGCGGACGAGGAGCUGGAGCGCAUCGAUGCCUUGGUUGAGAAUGCGGCGGUGGCGAUGAUGGGUCCUGUGCGGGCGGAGGGUCAUCUUCUGUCUGUUACGGUGAAUGUGCUGAGUACGCUUCUCUUGGCGGUGUUGCUAGCCAAGAAGAUGAGAGAGAGCGCGAAGAGGAUUGGGGGGUUGGCGAGGGUGGUGGUCGUUACGAGUCGGUUGGGGUUUAUGGCGCAGGAUGACUGGAUGGCGAUUGCGGAGGACCCGUUGGUGGGCAUCGAGCAGGAUGAGAAGCUGCAGUUCAACAGUUAUGCUCUGUCGAAGCUGAUGGAGAUUCUGGCAUUGAAGCACCUCGCAACUUUGCUGCCGGUCGAGCGCACCGGAGUGGUCUUCAACCUCGUCUGCCCGGGCCUUUGCAAGACGGAGCUGAUUCGCAAUGCCCCGGCGGACUACAAAGCAGAGCUUACUGACUUGCAUACGCUGUAUGGGAGAACCGCUGAGGAUGGCAGUCGUACGCUUUUGCACGGUGCGGUGGCGGGAGACGAGACCCAUGGAUGUCUUCUCCAUUCUUGUGAGAUGGGCGAGAUUGAUGUUCCUAGCUGGGUGACCGACGAAAAAGGAAAGGCAAUGCAGGAGCGGCUCUGGAAUGCCCUUGCGAAGAAAGUAGAGUCAAUCCAGCCAGGGUGUAUCGCCGAUUUGCUAGAUGUCUGA